AUGUUCAAGGACACCGAGCGAUAUGUCAAAGAAUGCGUUGACGGCGUCACAGCCAAGGGACUACCGCAGAACCCGGGACCGUCGCCCGGUAACCUGUUGGCUACGCGACCGUUUCAGGUCGUUUCCAUGGAAUUCGUGAUCCCGCUGCCCGGGUCCGCCCGGGGAAAUACGGCAUUGCUCCUGUUUCAGUGUGCGUUCUCGGGGUUCAUCAUAUACAAGGCCAUGGUGAGCACCGAAGCCCAAGACGUACCGUCGAAGCCAUGA